AUGAAGCCUGUGACAGCGGCCUUCAGUAAGGAGGUGGAGACGCCGGGGCCUCCUUGGCAGAGGACUGAGGGAGGGGAGCUGAAGGCCCUGCGGGAUGGGCUGCAAGCCCCCGGUUGCCUGGGCCUGCCCCUUGCAGCCCGACCCCACCCCCGUCCAGUGCUGGGACAUCCAGGGAAAGGGGUGGACUUCCUCCUCGGGGCCGUUGAACUCCGCUUUGAGCAGAAGCGCCAGUACUGGGAGGACGCCGUGCGGCGGAGCGCAGAGGAGCGCGUGCGGCAGGCGGACGUGGGGUCCCAGGGGGCGCCCGACGCUGCCCCCGACUUGGCGGCCGCUUUGGUUCGCCGCGACCUGCAGAAGGUGCAGCGGGAGGUGCACCCCGCUUACGCGGCCGCCGGCUUCCCGGCGUGGGCGGCCUACCUGCGUGCCUUCCACGGCGCGGUGGCCGGGCGCCUCCAGGAGCUCGCGCACGACGCCCGCGGCUGCGAGCAGCUCUACGUCCUGCUGGACUGGGCCGCCAACGUCUACAGCAGUCCUGAUUUCCUGGGCUCCCAGGACCAGGCUCUGCCCUCGGAGCCGCUGCCCCCACUCCUGGCACCGGACGUCUGGGCCCGACUGGAAGAAGACUACACCAGCUUCCUGGAGACCAAGAUCGCGAGCUGCUUCGAUGGCAUCCUGCAGCUGGAGCAGAGUCGCUGGGCGACUGCAGAGGCCCCCGAAGAGCUUCAGGGCCUCUACACGUCGUUGUCCUUCGACGUCUGCAUGCUCGUGGCGGAGCACGUGAAGGCGGCCGGCGCCAUCUCCGAAGAACUGGAGGCCACCACGUUGGGGAUCUGCGCGCGGGCGCUGGGGCUCUUCCUGCACAGGUUCGAAAAGGCUUUUCUGGAAUCAGGGGCGGUGAGCGAGACUCACGUGUGCGCCAGCAUCAAUGCCUGCGAGGAGCUCAGGACUCACCUUCUGGCCAAGUUCCCAGAAAGCUUUGGAGAGCUGGAGAAGGCCCUGGGGGCUGCUGCCCGAGCCUUUCAGAAGCGGCUGCUCCAGGGCUUGCAGGGCGCUGUGCAGCCGCUCUUCAGGGUCCUGUGCACCAAGGCCUGGCUGACCCAGGACCUGCUGCAGCCCCUCAUGGACAAAGUGGUGGCCUUCUCGGGCCUCCUCGAGCACAUGGCCCCACCCCUGGCCCAGGAGACUCUGCAGCAGGUGCACCGCUACGUUGUCCGCCAGUACCUGGCGCAGGCGCUGCGACCCCGUGAGCGGCUCCGGGGUGUGGACCGACGGAGCGGCUCCCAGAAGAUGGGCCUUGAGGCGCAGGCCAUGGGCAGCACCUUCCAGGGCUUGGGCUCCCAGGCCACAUGGCUGGGCCAAGCUAUCCCAUGCGUGGCUGACAUACUGGGCGAGACUUACAAAGAUGACAUCAGGCGGCACCUGGAGACGCUCAUCAGAAGCUACGGGGACAUCAGGUGGGACCACGUGCUGGCCAUCCUGCCACUGCGCCGCCUGGGCUGCCUUCGAAACCAGCACUUCCUGCUCCACGCCCAGGCCGUCCUGAGGGCCAAGGCUGGCAGAUCUGGGGCCGCCGGGGGUCGCGUGCUCCUCGAGGAGAUCAAGUUGGGCACCUGCGUGGACGUGCUGGUCACCUGCAUCUAGCGCUGCUGGCCUGAAAGGGGGCGGCCCUGGGGGACGGAGGGGCAGCCACCUGCCCCUAGGGACCGAGCCCUAAGCCGGGGACCCGGGAGGCAGCCCCAGCGCAGCCCCAGGCCUGAAGCCCGCCCGUGGGGGACCAUCCAUCCUCCUCCUCCUGAUGGCCAGGGGAGGUCAUGCCAGGCAUGCCAGCAAGCCUGAGAGGCAUUCCAGGCAUUUGGAGGAGGGUUUGGUGCAGAAGUUCCCUUUGGUACUGCCCACCUGGGAAGGCCUCCCUGUCUAACUGUCCUGCACCACCCCAAUGUGAAAAUGAAGAACAGAGUAUUUAUUUUUAAACUAAA